GCUGCCAUCGACUUUCCAUCUUCAACUGCGCUCUAAUCGCGAAUAUCCUGCCUACCAAUUAUCUCUCACCCAAAAAGUCAGCUCGGCAUCGGAGGCAACACCACAAGCUCUCACGUGAAUGCCUGCUUACCCAUCUCCUGCUGCCACUGCCUGUGGAACAUCCGCUUCCAAGGGCACGGAGAUUCCAUCUCGGACUUCCGGCGCUGGUGCUUGUCGGACUCUCCGCCGACCCUCGAGGCUAUAUAACGGAGCCUGCCCUGCCCCAUUGUGGAACACUACUCGGAAUCACCACCAAGACUACUAAUAGCUACGAACAGCAGAACAAUAAUGUCCACACAGCCCAAGAUCCUCAUCCUCGGUGCUUCUGGCUACAUCGGUGGUACCAUCCUCGUUGACCUUCUGAAGACCCACAACCCCGCCAACAUCACCGUCCUCGUGCGAGACACCACCAAAGAAGCACUUGUCAAGCCUUUGACCGUCAACAUAGUCGUCGGCUCGUUCGAUGACGUUGCACUCAUCCGAUCCCUGGCUGAAGCCAACGAUGUGAUCAUCAACUGCGCUGUGCCCUUUGGUGGCGGUGACGCCAGUAUUCAGGCUCUUGUUGAUGGCCUUGAGGCAAGGGCGAACAAAGGGGCUGUGAAGCCUGUCUUGUUGCAAAUUUCGGGCACCGGCACUAUCAUGUACGGCGCCAAUGGUGAGAAAGGAACUGACGUCUGGAAGGACACUGACUACAAACGCUGGGAAGCUCUUCCUCAGACAGCCUUCUUCCACAGCGGCGAUACCAUUGUUGCCAGAGCUGUUGAAAGGGGUGUCAUCUCGGCUUAUAUCGUCAUGGUCCCCACUGUUUACGGACAGGGUACUGGUCCUGGCAACAACCUUUCUCUUCAGAUCCCAGCGUACGUUCGAUACGCUAAGCGUACAGGCCAAGCUGCGUACAUUGGCAAAGGCGACAACGUGUGGGGCAAUGUACAUGUGCAAGACCUCAGCGAUCUCUUUAUCCUUCUCCUUACACACGCGCUUUCAAACCCUGCCGCUACCACCGCCCUCCCUGGCUCACACGGCUGGUCCAACCUCAUCUACGCUGGUGUUGACACCCACGCCUGGAAGCCCAUCAUCGAGCUCAUUGGCGACCUCCUCCAUGCCCGUGGCGAUAUUCCCAACCCUGGCGCCAUCAGCAUUGGGGAGGGUGAAGGCGAUAUGUACAUGUUUGGCGGCAACUCCUUCAUGGCAGUCAGCGAAAAGGCCGCGGCCUUGGGGUGGAAGAGGCGUCAGCCAGGCCUCGUGGAUUCAGUAAAGCUUGCUCUCUCCGUUGGCAAGUAGGCUAGGCACUUUGACUGUAUGUUGUUAGUUUCAUUCAUGUACAGUACUAUCAUUCUGG